AAAGGGCGGGGUUAAUAACCGAACCUCAAGGGUUCUUCUGCUGGCCGACUUCACCCUACCAUUCAUUCUUAUGCCCACAUGCUGGGAGGGACCACAAGGAGAGAGGCUGUCUGAACGUAAUGAAACGUGUGUGAAAUAUGAGGAGAGAAAUCGCAGCUGUGGUAUUCUUCCUGAAGAGGCUUGUGAAAAAGGGGGAGAAGUUGGAGUCGCACAAGAUCGAGCUGUUUGUUGAGAGGCUGGCUGUCGCACUGCAGGAGAAGUUCAAGGGGCACUGGUACCCUGAAAACCCCAGCAAAGGACAGGCAUACAGGUGUAUUAGAGUGAACAGGUUUCACAGGCAGGAUCCAGAGCUCCUUCGGGCCUGCCGGGAGAGCGGGGUUCGGUACAGUGACCUGGGACUGCCUCGUGAACUCACACUGUGGGUGGACCCUGGGGAGGUCUGUUGCAGAUAUGGAGAGCAAAAUCCUUAUUUCUCAGUGGCCAGUUUCUCUAACGAUGAUGAGGAGGACAAAGAUGUUGCAAAGAAGGUGACCAGUGCUUUGGAGAGGGUGACGUCAGACUACCACUCAGGUUCUUCUUCUGACGAGGAGAGCAUGCGCACUUCCCCUCUCACUGUUCCCAACAGCCGCUGUGCUAAGCAGGCGAUGAAUCCAGCUGCUCCUACGUGGCAUCCUAAGAGGAUGGUACCAGGGAAAGGUCCUAUCAUUCCACAGCCUCAGUACGGCUUCAGGCCUCGCAGCAGAGCCCCCCACACUUUAAGGCAUAAUCUGUGGGUCCCUCCUAGCUACAGAGGAGGGCCUGGAUACUGGGACACAAACCAAAAUCUGGCAUAUUGUUACAGUUAGGAAUCAUGGUGCAUAUUGUUCACACUGGACAUUAAAGCUGAAGACAGGUUUAAGGUGACUGACCAAUGUUUUUUUAAACAUGAAUUUUUAUAGCUUACAUAUUGUUUUUUGACAAGGUUUUUUGCACUUUAGACCAUUUGUUAUAGUUUAAAUAAAUCACUUGUAUUAAAUUAGAUAUUGAAAUUGGAAUACUACACGUGUAGUCUUGAAGUACUGUAUUUUUACAAUGGGAAAUGUUCAUAUAUGCCACCUACUGUCCUUUUGUGAGAAAAUGUUUUAUUUAUUCAUAGUGUAGAGUUGUCAGAUGUAUAGGCUUAAAUUUAUGGAGUUUUAUUAAACACAGUUUCCAAGCAUC